AUGCUCUCAAUUCUUCACGCUUCGGCAUUCUUCUUGCUCUUCUCUUCGGCCCUCUCUUUCACCCCAUGUCCACUCCUCGGCCCUGCAUUCCCUCCAUUCUCCCUCAACGGAGAUGACAAGACCAUUGCAAGCGCUCUGAAAGAACUUACUAAGAAGUUCGACACACUAGUCGCAACAGACACUGGUACUCAUGGGGAUGUCUCGCCAAACACCACUUUCAGCAUCGCCUUGUUCUCGUCGGACAGUGGGGAUGCCGAAAACGAGCCCUUCUUCUGGCAAUAUCAUCACACAGCCCCUACAUUGAACAAGUCUGCAGUAGGAUCUUAUGCUGCGGACACAGACAGCAUUUAUGGCAUUGGUGGUCUCACUGAGGUCUUCACUGUGUGGAGUCUGCUUCUCACGGGAGAUGGAGACCAGAUCUUUGAUGAUCCUGUUACCAAGUACCUCCCUGAGCUGGGUGAUAAUACAAGGGAACAAGAUAUGAUUGAAAAGGUAAGGUGGAAUGAUGUUACUGUUGGUCAACUUUCGAGUCAUAUGUCUGGAAUUGGGAGAGACUAUUGCUCGAAGGAUGUGACUUUACAAAUAAGUUCUUCUGAGGCGGGAUUACCUUCACACCAGGCUAUCCUCAUGCCUUGCUGUGAUGAUGGUUCCAAGUGUGAUAGCAACGAUUUUAUUCGAUACCUCGCUAACCAAACUCGCGUGGCUCCAGCGGGGGGAACCCCUAGCUAUUCCAACAUGGCAUUCCAGCUUUUAGGCUACAUAGUAGAAAAGCGCACAGGAAAGCCAUUCAGCAAAGUCCUUCAACACGACAUCUUUGACGUCCUAGGCAUGACCGAGACCUCAAUCUUUGCGCCAGACAAAACCACUGCAGGAAUUAUUCCCGUUAGCAAAGAAGCCAGUGGUUGGUUAACACACCACAAAAGAGACGAAGCAUCAAAGUCUCUUUUCUCUAGUAUCAAAGAUCUCGCAAUAGCCGGCCAGGCAAUCCUAAACUCAACCCUCCUCAGCAAACCCCAAACAAAUCGCUGGUUCAAACCAGUCUCUCACACCUCCAACCCAGCCAACUCCAUCGGAUCUCCAUGGGUCAUAUACAGCGCCGGCUCAUACCCCAACACAUCCAUGGUGGAUAUCUACACAGUUCUCAGCAACGAAGGCAAUAACGAGAGCCUCUACAGCUCAUACCUCGGCCUAGUCCCUGACUUCGGCGUCGGCUUUGCCAUUCUCGCGGCUGAUACAGAAGCCCCGGCUGAUCUUAACGCGCACGCGGAUAUAAUCGGUGAUGUCGUGCUAGAAGCGUUGAUGAAAACGGCUAUUGAGCAGGCUGCCGAGAAUUUCGGUGGCGCAUACAAGGCUUCCAAUAUCAAUUCAUCUAUUUCUGUUGGAUACGACAGCUUGCCUGGUUUGUAUAUCCAGGAGUUUGUCAGUAAUGGCACUGACUUCCGUGCCACACUCGCUGGAAUUGUGGGCGUCGAGAAGCAGGCGGAUCUGAGUAUUCGGUUGUAUCCUACACAGCUGGUUGAAGAUUCUGGCUCGGGCUCCAGGCAGGCUUUUAGAGCUGUCUUUCAGGAUAUAACUGAGCUGGCGGAUAAUGACACUCCAACUUGUGUGUCCUGGCUAAAUCUCGAUAAGCUUCAAUAUGGAGGCCGUGGCCUGGAUGAGUUCAUCUUUUCUCUGGAUCCGAGUGGUCAAGCCGUCAGUGUUGAGAUUCCAGCUUUGCGGGUCUCGCUGGGGAAGAACUAG